CCUUAUAAGAAGCGGUGCAAUAGUGAUAGAUUCCAUAAUUGCAUCUGAAUAUCUGAUAUACGCGGCGUCCAAUAACUACACCAUCGAAUAUGCGAAUACCACCACAACUUUACAUCCCAAAAAUUAUUUAAAGGAUCCUCAAUUUUUGGAUAUACGCGCGAUUGCGUUUGCCAUACUAACUAUAGUGACUUUGUAUCACGUGUUCUCUAGCUGGCUAGCCAAAUGGAUAAACAUGAUACUGGCCAUUGUGAAGACAAUAACAUUAUUAUUGAUAUCCAUUAUUGGGUUAGUAAAGAUAAAGGAAAAUCCGAACCGAAUAAGUUGGAACAUUCUGUUCUCGGGAACACCCGGAUGGAAUAAUUUUGGCAAUUAUUGUCAUGCCAUGUUGCAAGUCCUAUUUUCUUACGAGGGGUGGAAUAACCUUAAUUCAAUAAUUGAUCCUCAAGAAGGUCAUAAUGGAGUUUUCAAAGAGGUCAUGAGCGCAAAACUUGGUGAUGCAAUUCAUUCAGGAGUGUUUGUUUCGGUAUUGGUUGCGUUCUCUUCUAUAGGUGCUGUUGGGUCAAUG